AAUUUGGGGAAUAUCGGUGAUGAAAAAAAUGAUUGAAAACUAUGUUGGGUUUGUGUAAUCAGUUGUAAAUUAUUGAAUAUGAAGUAUCAUAUUAAUAAUAAAUUUAAUUAUUAAAAUAUGCGUUCGGUAACAUUCCAAUAAUAUCUGGUAUAUUCUCGCAUUCGUACGGAUGGAUUUUAAGCCUACAGCAAGAAUGUUAUAAUCAGGCAACUCAAACCGGCCGGAUCCGGUCUGUUACCCCGCCUGUUUGUCCUUGAGCAGCAUUACUACGCACGCCGAUGACCAUGGCAGAACCCAAGAAGAUCAUAAUCGACACUGACCCUGGAAUUGAUGAUGCCAUGGCGAUAUUGGUGGCUUUGCGGUCGCCGGAAGUGGAAGUAAUUGGACUCACUACCAUAUACGGGAAUGUCUAUACGACUCUUGCCACCCGCAAUGCUUUGCAUUUGAUGGAGGUUGCGGGAAGGACUGACAUCCCUGUCGCCGAAGGAUCUCAUGUCACAAUCACCGAAGGUACAAAGCUUCGUAUUGCUGAUUUUGUCCAUGGUGCCGAUGGACUUGGCAACCAAAACUUUUCUCCACCUAAAGGAAAGCCGAUUGACCAAUCAGCAGCUGCAUUUCUCAUUGAGCAAGCAAAUCUCUAUCCUGGGGAAGUCACUGUGGUGGCAUUGGGCCCAUUGACAAAUGUUGCACUGGCCAUUCACCUAGAUCCUGCAUUUGCCAAAAAGAUUGGCCAGAUAGUUCUUCUUGGUGGUGCGUUUGCUGUAAAUGGCAAUGUGAACCCAGCAGCUGAAGCUAAUAUUUUUGGAGAUCCAGAUGCUGCAGAUAUCGUAUUCACUAGUGGAGCUGACAUUUUGGCAGUGGGUAUAAAUGUCACCCAUCAAGUUGUUUUGACAGAUGCUGAUCGAGACAAAUUGGCACAGUCAAGUGGAAAGUUUGCCCAGUACCUGUGUAAGAUACUGGAUGUGUACUUCUCGUAUCAUCGUGAGGCAUACAACACAAAAGGUGUUUACCUUCAUGAUCCAACUGCCCUUCUUGCAGCUGUUAAUCCUUCACUGAUCACUUACACAGAAGGUGUUGUUAGAGUCCAGACAAAUGGCAUAACAAGGGGUCUCACAUUAUUUUUUAACAAACAGAAAAGGUUUGACGAGGUCUCCAAGUGGUGUAAUAAACCUACGGUUAAGGUAGCAGUCACGGUUGAUGCUUCUGCAGUUGUGAAACUGGUCUUGGAUCGACUAAUAGACUCAUAGACUCCACUCAAUACGAGGCCCUUGUUGUGAUUUUCAGUUCUCAAUGAUAUGGUACAAAAGCUUGCUCUUCAUUGCGAGGCGCUUGUUGUGAUUGUCAGUUCUCAAUGAUAUGGUUCAAAAGCUCGCCCUUCAUUGCAUUAGUGGGGUUGUGCAUUUUUAAUCACCACAAUACUUAAACGGGGUUUAAUUUUCCUUGAAACGUGAAUUUGUGUUCUUUGUGAAUGUAAGAGUUCGCCCCAAGCCCAAUGUGGAGGUAUUGUGGGUUGGCUGUGGUCUUCAUAUUUGGUUCAUCCACCAAUACUAGGUCAGUUAAAUGCCUGGUUUUGCUUUCAAUUGCUCUGGUGGUAGUCAGUUCUUGGUUAAGCGAUGGUCAAGUGUAUUUUUUUCUGGGCGCUAUUACCGUAUUGCCAUGUAAACGAAUUUAGACA